CCCACCACCAAUUGAUUAUUCUUCCUCUCUACUCUUGCUUCAACCGGAUUUUUUGGGUUUCUUGGCUGCGUUGAGUUUUUGUUGUUGGGAGCUGCAUACAUUUUUCUUCAUAUAUUGUUAAAUCUUUAAACGAAAUGACAGUAAACUCUUUAUCUUGUUGCUUUUGUUCCAGUUUUGGAUCUCCUAGUUGGAUAUCACAAGGGAAGAAGACUCAGUUGCAGAUAUCAAGUAGCCGGAAAAGGAACGAACUUUUCAAUGGGACGUGGAUUCCUAGCCGAUCCCCCAAUUGGUUAAGGGAGAAACAAUAUGGAAACUUUCACUACGCUUCCAAUUGUACCGCAGUUUUUCGUAAUCAACCGGAACCUGAACCGCCUAGUCGCCCAGACAGAACGGAACCCUCAAGGAAACCUCCUGCUCCUAUUCCAACCGUAUAUAUGGGAGACACACAGAUGGACAUUUAUUCAAGAUUGGCAAAAGACAGAAUACUUUUGUUAGGUAGAGCUGUGGAUGAUGAGGUUGCCAACGCUUUGGUGGCUCAAAUGCUAUUUUUGGCAAACGAAGAUCCGUCCAAAGAUAUCACGUUAUACAUCAAUAGCCCAGGAGGUUCCGUUUCAGCAGGUUUAGCAGUUUAUGACACUAUGCAGUUUAUUCCUUGCGAUGUGUCUACUGUUUGUUUUGGAACGGCUGCUUCAAUGGCAGCGUUCUUAUUAGGAGCAGGUACAAAAGGAAAGCGUAAAUCACUUCCCAACGCUCGUAUUAUGAUACAUCAGCCUUUAGGAGGUGCUCAGGGACAAGCUGCGGAUAUCGAAAUACAAGCGAGAGAAAUACUCUUCAUCAAGUCCCUAUUGAAUACUUACAUGGCAGACUACACCGGGAAGCCUUUGGAGAAAAUCGAACAAGAUACAGAUAGGGACUUUUUCAUGACACCUGAAGAAGCUUUGGAAUAUGGUAUGAUCGACGAAGUAAUACAAACCAAAAAAGUAUUGGCCAAACCUCAGAAACCAGCGUUAUUGUGAUAGAGAAUAAAAGUGACGAUGAAAAAGAGGAGCCAAGUCGCAACUAGAAUAGGAUGCCUCUUUUCAAACAGCGUUUGUUUCGUGUGUACAAACACUGUGUAGUUCAAGUUGACAUCUUACGUGAGAUUCACAAUAAAGGGUUAUCAGAUAUUUCCAAGUUCUUCAAUGACAUAAGA